AUGUUUCAGACAUUGCUAAUGGCCCACUGGGCUUGGGUUCUACUUCAACUCUACCUGCUUCCUUCGAUGGGUGUUCGUAUAAUGUAUUUUGCCGUUUCUCAACUGCUAUCCGCUUUCCUCAUCGCCUAUGUUGUAACCUUCAGUCAUAAUUCUGUGGACAAAUAUCCAGCAAACUCUCGUCUGCUCAAUAACUUUGCCUGUCUUCAACUGUUCACGACCCGUAACAUGACACCUGGACCAAUUACCGAUUGGAUUUGGGGAGGAUUGAAUUAUCAGAUCGAGCACCAUCUGUUCCCGACAAUGCCCAGAUGCAAUCUGAACACAUGUAUGAGGCUGGUCAAGGAAUUCUGUCGCGAGAACAACCUGCCGUACCUGGUCAACGACUACUUCGAGGGUUAUGCCAUGAACCUUAAACAACUGGAAAACAUUGCUAACCUUUGCAAGACUAAAGCUAACUAA